AUGUGCUACGCGAACCUAUUGACCUGGAUGAAAUGCGGCCACUUCCGCGUCAUCCAGCAGAUGUGCCCAGAUGCACAGAACCGGCAGCCUGCAAGCCUCUGCUUGAGUGCCCACGAGCCUGUCGCCACUGACAUCGACACUGCUCAUGGGUGCUGUCCAGACACCAGCAAGCAUCCAGGAGAGCCGGAUCGUUCAGAAUGGGUCAACAGUCUCGGGAUUGAGCGCACUUCAGGCCGAGGAUGGAUUCCGUAUCACAGUCAUGGACAAGACUCAGUGCUAAUGGCUCAAGAUCAAAUGGUCCCGAGGCUAAGCUUGUAG